AUGUUACAUCAUAACGUCUCCCUCCCUCAUUUUGCCCCCUCAUGGAUAUACAGCUUUCCUAAGGCAAAGAGGACCUAUUUCUCCUAUAAGGGGAUCUUUCUCCCCACAGUCAGCUACUCUGAGGAAUCACUAAGGUAUACAGAAAACGAAUUCCAGCUCCUUGGUGAUGAUGUGGUGACCACCAGCUAUCCCAAGUCAGGUACUAACUGGAUAUUGGAGAUCUUGGGCUUAAUCUGGCAUGAUGGAGACCCCUCGUGGGUUCAGAGUACAUUCAUGUUUGAUCGGUCACCAUGGAUUGAGUCUGAGUCCGGUCUGAAAGCUGCCUUGAACUAUCCUCCCCCCAGGUUCCUGACGACUCACCUGCCAUUCCAGCUUUUCCCCAAGUCCUUUCUGCAUUCCAUGUGCAAGAUUAUCUACAUCAUGCGAAACCCCAAGGACGUGCUGGUCUCACAUUAUCACUUUGCAAAGUGUUGUAAAUUCUAUGAGGAACCUGGGACCAUGGAAGAGCUGAUGGAAAAGUUCUUGAAUGGGAAUGUGGUUUAUGGUUCCUGGUUCGACCAUGUGAAAGGUUGGAUGAAGCUGAAGGAGAGACCCAACUUCUUCUUAAUCACCUAUGAGGAGCUCCAGAAG